GUGACCCGAAAUCUCUGAUUUCCCUGUAAUUACCAGCGUUUCACUCGUUCUCACGAUCUCAACAAAUUCAACCAGACUAUCAGUAAUUACAUCAAUAUUGCCUCAAUAAUCGCCCUAAUAGUACGUAUCGGCUGUGUGACAAGAUGUAAUUGUCAGUUAAUCCAUGCAAAAGAUUUAUGGUGGAAAGUUGGAAGUUCAAAUGUCGGAUACCUUAGGUACUUAAACCUUACGUACAUACAUAAUUCUCUGGCGAUACUACCUAGGUACAUAGCCCCGCGUCCUCAUUAAGCAUAGGUACUCUAGCAGCUGCCUGGAACCUUAGCCUUUAGGUACCUGCCGCAUCCACAUGUAUGGUUUUAGGACAGGUAGUACCUAGGUACUUCAGCUACGCCUUAGGUAACCAAGUCGCCCCAGAGCCGCGACCUCCAACGCGUUUAGUCAAACUCUCCACCUGCAUCUAUUUUGGUUUAUUUCGCACUAUUUACAUCGCGCUUAAUUCCGCCGGCGGUUUCUGAGAAUAGCAGAACGGCCCUCGAGUCAUCGGCGGAAUGGAUGCCCUCUUAGAAUCAACCAGAGGUAAUCUGGUAUGCAACUCUGUUCAAGAUGUACAAGACAGACUGCACCGCCUCCUCGCUUCCAGAUCGUCGGAUACGCGCGCAGAACAUGCCUCUUUUACAUUCGAGCUUCGACAUAAUGUGGUCUUUCACUUGAAUCCAGAUGCCGAAAAUAGCCCCGCGGACAGUGUCGUCAACCCUACCGAACAAUCGCACCACCAGCCCAUUACCCAAUCCGUGAAUGCCUUCGAAACAGUUCAGAACCAACCCAGCGAUGACCCUAUUCUCCAGCGCGCUGUCGCAAAGCAUAUCGUCGGUGCGAUGGGAAUUGUAGACAAUAGUUCAUGGACAAUACGAAAGGUUUCUCGGGAUUCACAAGGCUGGACGUUCACGUACAUCUGCAAAGACUCGCUGCAGGCAUGGAAUCGCGCGAAUGCGAAGAACACCGAGAAGCAUGUAAUUGGCAGUUAUAGCGGGCCAGGUAGCUUGGAUCCAAUUAAUGCCACUCGUCCUGCCUUCGAUUGUCGCGGAACCCUCACGAUUGCCUUUUCGAAAUCCGCCAGAGGCGUUAUCGUGAAAUAUGAUCACACACCUAUACACAAGACUGUCGCGCAGUUGGUAGACCUUAUAGCACUCACUCUACCGCCCCCGCCCGUCAACAAUGGCGGCACAGGAAGCCAGAGAACGCCAAGGGCCAAGCGACCCCCACCAGCGGAAGGCGAAGAAGGGAGCCGCAAGAAACGUUCAAGGAAGAAAGAAAAGGCUCCAGAAGCACCGAUGGGAGGCCCCCCUCCUGGGGAUGGCCAAAAUAGUCAGAACAUCGCCGAAUCGCAGGGUGUGAUACACGGCGGUGUACAUGUUACAUCGGUUCCGAUUGUCCCCCCCGAUGAAGUCAAACGCCGUAGAGAAACGGCGAUAGAUCUCCUUAACGGAAGGCAAAUCGAUCCUGCGACACUCUCUGAGGAGCAAUUUAACAUAUUUGCAAAUCAGGCACCAAGUCUACAGACAACUUCGUUAGAUAUGUUAGCUAAGUAUGGCGCCGAGAGGUUGAGAAUUGUCCAUCCAGAUGAUAAGGAUGCCAAAUCAACUCCCAUAGAAGAACAAUCUACCAAUACAACCCCUGCUACUGUAUCAGGCCAGGCGUCUGCUCCUGGAAUAACUGAGACACCCACAAAGAAGAGGCGUUCCCGAAAGAAAAAGUCUGACGGGGCAGUAACUGAGGUUUCUAUCGGUGAUGGUGCGGUAGUGUCAGUACAACAGAGCGGCGAAAUUGGAACGACAACUUCCACUCUGAAGCUGACGACCAAGAAAACACGCGGAAGUUGUGAGACUUGCAGAGACAGGAAGCUCAAGUGCACCAAAGAACAUCCCAGUUGUUCUGUCUGUACUACAGCUGAGGUGGAAUGCAUUUAUUUGCCACCGAAACCACGACGGAAAAGAGCGGUAGUUUCUGGUGGUGAAGUAGUUGAAAAUGAAGAUUCCGACCUACCUGGAGAAAGGGAAGAAUUCCAGGCCCAAAUGCAAUCUGAGGAGGCACCAUUGCCAAUGCCAACAACACAAAUGCCAGUGGAAUACCAAGCACCUGCUAUUGCCCCGGCGACCCCAGAUCCCGAUAAUGAAGAAUUCAUCCCAGAUCCAAACAUCUUGUCGGGACCUGUUGAGCAUCCUCCCGCUACCAUGCAACCUUCUAUACAACCUUCAACAACGCAAUACUAUCAGAACCAUACCAAUAGCCUCACAUUUUCCCAGAAUCCGCAGCCCUCGACUGGGCCGACAGCAAUGUCAACUUUAACAUUCCCAGAAUCUCAAGCCCGUGAGGCCCAAUCCGAGUCUCCUAACUUAGUCUUUCCGUCGACAUCCCAUCAGACUGAGCACUCAUCUGGUUCAACCUUUCCGCGACCGGCCCCGGCAACGAGUCAGAAGGCGCAAAACACGCCCAUGUCUAACCGACGUAGUCUUCCCACCACCCAAAAUAAGCAAACACCGAUACCUACACCAGUACCACCGCCAACCAUACCGCAGCAUGCCCCCAAUUGGAAUUCCCCCUCCACAACACGGCAUGCUACUACAGCGUCGCCGACAUUGACCCAGCAGCAAACAUCCAGGCGGUCAAGGUCACGUAAGUCUGACGUGGAAGUUAGACAGCAGGCAAAUGACAGUAUGAGGCAACCGCUGGCCGUAUCGCAGGUCGCAGCGCAAAAUCAGAGGCAACCGUCGCCUGCAACGGGAUCACCAUACCAGACUGCAACUCGCGCAAACUCUCGACAAGACCAUAGGUCACAGACUAAUACACCCGUUGUAUCCACAUCUCGCCCUCCUCCGCAGGCCCCGCAAGCUGCUGUCAGUGCAUCCUACAAUACGACUGCAUCAGCCUCGAUUCCAAGCUAUGACCCCUAUCCACGUUACGAUAGCACAACUAAUGGUCAAUAUAAUAAUGCAAACAACGACCAGGGUUCGACUCGCAUUGCGUACGAACCUGGCUCGUACCAGGCUCAUACAGCUGCUAUAACGUCGGCGUCCUAUUCCUCAGCGCCGGCAUAUGAUUAUCCUCGGACUACAAGUUCAUCGAAUCCUCUCUCUCAAGCCCUCAACUCGUCGUCCGGAUACAACAAUACUAGCAGCAGUGCUGCAACUCCUCAAUGGCCCACCUCGCAAGCUCGAGGUAGCCAGGCGCACGCCCAACCACAAGCAAAUAAUACUUACCCUAUGGCAUCAGCUACUACAUCUACCUCUAAUAGCUAUGGCACAAGUUCUGCGGAGUCACGGACCUCCCAUCAGAAUACCCCUUACACCCAAUCCCAGCCUCAAUCAUAUAAUUCGUAUUCAGCACAGCAGCCGAGCACGAAUCAGCAACCCCAGCAAAGCUGGUACGGCUUUAGCGCCAACAAUAAUAGUAGUGCCGGUGCAAACCAAAACUCUUACAGUAGUAACCGAAACAGCGGCUACGGCGGUACCGCAAGCUCAAAUCAGACCGCAUAUAGCAACCACAGACCUAGCGCGUCCAACUACCCUGGGCACAGCUACGGGUCUGGGUCGGACGAUCAGAGCAUAUAUGAGUUGCUAAGGGCCAACGGCUCUACACAUUAGGACAUACCUAGGUAUAUUACCCUCGACGGCGGUUUCCUUGUCCAUUUGAGUAUGUUAUUAUAGAACAGCGGCGAUUUCAGCCGAAGGAUUUAUACUUUGCACAGAUGAAGGAAUACGUUUAUAUCCAAAGACAGGAAAAGGGUGCUAUGAUAUAUUGGUUACGGCAUUGGGCCGAGAUAUUAGCAUAACAAUGCUAAUGGGCCACAUGGCGCGUUGUGAUGCGCUAUAGCUUUUAUGCGGAUAGCUGUUCUAGCUACAUUAACGAUACCACUAUGCGCUGUGUUUUAGAGAUACUUAUUGUCCAUCUUAGUAUCCACGCUCGUCGCAGUGUUGAAUAAGCUUCUAAGGAGUGGGAUGUCCUCGUACCGAAAUUCAUAGACCGUUGCGUAUAACAUACAUUUGUCAAGUAGA